AUGAAAUCCAAGAGGGGUGAGGCAAGAUUGUUUUUGUGUGUGUUGGAACCAGUGUUGGAUCCGGUGUUGGAACCGGUGCGGGAACCGGUGUGGGAACCGGUGUGGGAACCGGUGUUGGAACCAGUGUUGGAACCGGUAUUGGAACCGGUGUUGGAACCGGUGCGGGAACCGGUGUUGGAACCGGUGCGGGAACCGGUGUUGGAACCGGUGUUGGAACCGGUGCGGGAACCGGUGUUGGAACCGGUGAGGGAACCGGUGUUGGAACCGGUGUUGGAACCGGUGUUGGAACAGGUGUUGGAACCGAUGUUGGAACCGGUGUUGGAACCGAUGUUGGAACCGGUGUUGGAACCGGUGCGGGAACCGGUGUUGGAACCGCUGCGGGAACCGGUGUUGGAACCGCUGCGGGAACCGGUGUGGGAACUGGUGUUGAAACCGGUGCGGGAACCGAUGUUGGAACCGGUGUUGGAACCGGUGUGGGAACCGGUGUUGGAACCGAUGUUGGAACCGGUGUUGGAACCGGUGCGGGAACCGGUGUUGGAAUCGGUGCGGGAACCGGUGUUGGAACCGGUGUGGGAACCGGUGUUGGAACCGGUGUUGGAACCGGUGUUGGAACCGGUGUUGGAACCGGUGCGGGAACCGGUGUUGGAACCGGUGAGGGAACCGGUGUUGGAACCGGUGUUGGAACAGGUGUUGGAACCGGUGUAG